CAGUCUCUGCUGUCAUCUGUCACCCGGUAGCAGCCUAUGGCACGGAUCCUUUUCCCUCCCCGCGGUUUCUCAUUUCCGACAAAUCCCAUAUAUGGCGCGUGGCAAUUUUCACCGUCUGGGGUCGCGGAAGCAGAAUGGAUAUUAAUGUCACACUCCCCCCACGAAAGAGGCGCACAUCCGGAGAUGGGAAAUAAGCACGCGACGACCUUAAGCCUCCUGCUACUCCUACCUUCUCAGGCUUCGUUCUACUUCGUCUCCCCUACACCACUAGAGAAUGCCUCAUAAUGAAGUUCGGUCAGGACUUUGAAGCCGCCCUCGCCCGCGGCGAGUAUCCUACGGACUGGGUGAACUCUGCGAUCUCUUACAAGAAGCUUAAGAAAUGCAUCAAACGUGUGCAACAAGAACUCCUGAGCCUGGGGCUGGAUAAAGAUACGCUUGAUGCUCUGUGGAAGCGCGUUGGCUCAGAUGGUUCGGGCGCGGACGGAAGAACAACCGAUAGCUACCUACAGUAUACGGUCGAGGAUGGUGAGAAGGUCAGCUUCACACCCAAGCUGACAAUCGUCGUCGAUCCUCGUGAUGGCUCUCCCAUGGACGCAUGGCUAAGCCCCGAUACCCGGAGGAUCCUGCGUCGUCUUGCCAGAUCGUCAAACCCUAGCAUUGACCGCUACCAACGCCAGGACGAAUCUCCUGAUGGAAAACCCAGAUUGCCCAAUGAGUAUUAUUCAGGGUGGGACACCAUGGACAAAAGAAAUGGACAAUCAUUGGACAAUGAGGAGGAGCGGCCUUUGAACACGGUGGAGGUGCCUUUGACCGCAGAUUCAGAGUUCUUUCAAACUCUCCGGCGGGAAUUGGCGUGUCUAGAUGAUCUGCAACAGGCCGAGUACGACCGCUUGAAGGAGGAAAUCACUCGACUCGGCAGCGAGCUCCGCGCCUUGCGAGCUAGCAAGUCAAAACGGUCCAAGAAGGAGGUGGAAGUAUGGCGGAAGGUUUUCGAGCUUUACUCUGACGCUGAAGUCUUCCUGUCUUCUCACGAGGUCGAUGCUGGGGCUCGAGAUGCGGCACAUGCUCAAAAGCAGUUCCAAGUUUUCAACCAGUCUCUAGCUGCGCAACAGAAGAAGGACGUCCUGAAGCUUGGGCAAGAAGCGAAUGGUGCUCUGUCUCGCUUCCUGCGGAUCAACGUCAACCUUCUGCGGCUGAUCCGAUUCCAAGAAAUCAACCGCAUUGCUCUUAGCAAGAUCAUGAAAAAAUUCGACAAGCGUACGGCCUUACACGCCAAAACCUCGGUGGCACGAUCACUCACAAAAGCCUCGCCGUUCAUGGUCGAGGAUUUGGCCAAGGCUACGUGCUUCACCAUCUCGGAAGAGGUGUUGAACAUCAUCCCGCAGCUCAAUGACUACCUGUGCCCGAUAUGCUUUACCAUCUCAUGGAGACCCAUUCGACUACGCUGUGGCCAUUUGUUUUGCAUCAGAUGUAUGGUUGUCCUGCAAAGGGAGGAGAAGGAUCAUUGCCCUCUAUGUCGCGAGGAGGUUGUCAUGGAGGCGACCGAAAAGAACAUCGACAAAACGAUGGUCAAGUUCCUCAAAGACAAUUUCAAAGACGAUGUGAAGGAAAAGCAGAGGCAGAACGAGAUCGCAGCUGGGAUCGACCAAUGGGGAGCUGCUUAUGAGCAUGCUCAAAUGCAGAAAUGCGUUGUCAUGUGAGGCAAACUCUGGUAUCACCAUGCCCUCUCUGCGCCAUAUUGCCUUGUUUAUACCACCACCAGCCAGUGACGAAGCUUAUGAGCAGUUGAUAGAUUAAUCAUACAUUUUACACCGUGCCGAACCCCAUCUGGCAAGAACAUCUCCUGUGAAUUCGCUCCAGCUGACACUGUUCCCUCUUGGCCAGAAAAUAUUUCCGAGCCGAGCCUUUAUCAAAUAGCUGCACGUCUUUAUCAGCACGAGGCUCGCAUGCCAGGAUCAUUCACCUGUACCGCCAACUUUUGGUUCACAACGGCCGGAGUAUACCAUGCCUAAACUGUAGAGCCAUUUUCACUUUGCUUUCAGAGUUGAGCAUUGCCACCUGGCCAGGGCAUCGACGAGGCCGUUUUUGAACUGCCUUCUGCAGGCUUGGGCGCAUUCUAAGCGUACCUUGAGGGCUGUCAGCAGAGCCCUAGGGGACGAAAGGAUGAUCAUCCGUGGCAGCCUAGUGCUUGGCCUACUUCGAACCAGUUCUUGUUUCGAUUGAGGCUAGUGGGGGAUGAGUAGUCAAUCCAACUGCCAGCCUGUUGGCACAUUCUGCUCGGGUAUUUUCUGCUUGUGGUGAACAGGAGCACCGCUUCUCCUCCGACUCCUGGUGGUAUCUCGAAGAGAGCCAGAACCCAGCAAUGUCAUUCUAGUGCAGAGUCCUGAUGUGUUUACCAUUCUGUUCUAUGACAUUGAAUUGUGGUUCCAUAUUGCUGCCGG